AUGGCGAGCCGUUCCUACCGCAUCAGCUCUGGCUACGGGGGUAGGAAUUUUAGCUCCUGCUCUGCUGUCAUGCCCAAGCCUGGGGCUCACAGCUGUGCCAGUGCCAUGGCCUACAGAGGGGGCAGUCCUGGGGGACCGGGCUACAGGCGCCUCGGGGGCUUUGGCAGUCGGAGCCUGUGUGUCGUGGGGUCCCCACGGAUAGCAGUGAGUUGUGUGCGCCCCCUCUGCAGUGGGGGAAGCUUUGGCUACAGAGCAGGCGGCCUUUGUGGGGCCAGCCCGCCCUGCAUCACCACUGUAACAGUCAACGAGAGCCUGCUCACACCCCUCAACCUGGAGAUUGACCCAAAUGCACAGUGCGUGAAGCACGAGGAGAAGGAGCAGAUCAAGUGUCUCAACAACAAGUUUGCUGCCUUCAUCGACAAGGUGCGCUUCCUGGAGCAGCAGAACAAGCUGCUGGAGACCAAGUGGCAGUUCUACCAGAACCGCAAGUGCUGCGAGAGCAACUUGGCCCCUCUGUUCAGCGGCUACAUCGAGACGCUGAGGCGGGAGGCCGAGUGCGUGGAGGCCGACAGCGGGAGGCUGGCUUCAGAGCUCAACCACGUGCAGGAGGUGCUGGAGGGCUACAAGAAGAGGUAUGAAGAGGAGGUGGUCCUAAGGGCCACGGCUGAGAAUGAGUUUGUGGUGCUGAAGAAGGACAUAGACAGUGCCUACCUGCGUAAGGCUGACCUGGAGGCCAACGUGGAGGCGCUGAGGGCGGAGAUGCACUUCCUGCGGGCCCUCUAUGAGGAGGAAAUCCAGGUCCUUCAGUCACAGAUCUCUGACACCUCGGUGGUGGUCAAGAUGGACAACAGUCGGGAGCUCAACAUGGACUCGGUUGUGGCCGAGAUCAAGGCUCAGUAUGAUGACGUGGCCAGCCGCAGCCGGGCUGAGGCCGAGUCCUGGUACCAAACCAAGUGUGAGGAGAUGAAGGCCACAGUGACCCAGCAGGGUGAGAACCUCCGGAGGACCAAGGACGAGCUCAACGACCUGAACCGCGUGAUCCAGAGGCUGACAGCAGAGGUGGAGAAUGCCAAGCAGCAGCGCUGCAAGCUGGAGGUCGCUGUGGCCCAGGCGGAGCAGCAGGGUGAGACGGCUGUCAGUGAUGCCCGCUGCAAGCUGGUCGAGCUGGAGGCCGCCCUGCAGAAGGCCAAGCAGGACAUGGCCUGCCUGCUCAAGGAGUACCAGGAGGUGAUGAACUCCAAGCUGGGCCUGGACGUGGAGAUCGCCACCUACCGCAAGCUGCUGGAGGGCGAGGAGAGCCGGCUGUGUGAAGGCGUGGGCUCAGUCAACAUCUGUGUGAGCCGUUCCCAGGGCGGUGUGGUCUGCGGGGACCUCAGUUCCACGGUCCCUCGUGGCCUGGGCGGCGUGGCCAUCGGCAGCAGUGCCCUGUGCGCCCCCUCGGUGGCUGGGCCCUGCUCCAGUGCAAGAUCUGUAAGGAAGUUGAAGCCCAAAGAAGUUAAGCAGCUUUACUGAGGUCACACAGCUAGUCCAGGAUCCAAACAGAGAGUGUAGAGAAUGCCAAAGCUCAUACACUUUCCACUGUCAC